UUGACAAGUCGACUGUCACCGUGACAGCUAUCGAACAAACAAAAAUAAAACAAUUUUUCAAAAAAGUGAUUUUUAAAAGUGAUCACAAAGGAAAAAAACGCGAUAAAUAUCCAUAAAAUGAAUCCGGUUUUCCUGCAAAAGCAGUUGAGAGACAACUCCAAGGAUUUGCAAGAUUUCUGCCAAGACCUGAAGAGUUGGGGGGCAGAAAUGAAACGCAAGGAAGACUCCCUUAAAACUAAGGAAGAACCGAUAAAAAAGCCGAAAAUCAUCAAAUCAGCUUCUAAAAGUGAAGCAAAACCCAAGUCGAAACUUGAGAAAAUCGGGUCCACUGAUUAUGCCAAAUGGGAGAAAUUCGAUGCAGACUUGGAGUGCGAAAGGUUAGAGGAUGAUAUUAAAGACGAUUCAGAACUAACAGACGAAUUUGAGGAGAGUGCAAGGGAUGAGGCCUUGGUACACAAAGAAAAGGGAAACACAUUUGUAAAGUCCCAACAGUGGGACAAAGCAAUAGAAUCUUACACUAAAGCAAUCAAUUGCUAUGCAUAUGACCCAGUGUUUUAUGCCAACAGGGCUUUAUGCUACCUGAAGAAAAAUAGUUAUAUUGCAGCAUCCGAAGACUCCACUUUAGCCCUAAGGCUUGACGGGACUUACGUGAAAGCCUUACAAAGGCGAGCCGCCGCCAAGGAGGCUCUGGGGAAACUCGACGAGGCAUCAGCCGACUUGGAAAAAGUCCUGGAGUUUGAACCAAAGAAUAAAGAGUCAAAGUUGGCACUGGACAGGGUCCGGAAGAAAUUGGGGGAAAAGCCAUCCGCGAGUGAAAAUGUACAGCGGCCAGUAUCGAAGUUCACCGAGACGAGAAAAACCACCCAAACGGCUCCUAAAAUUCCCAAAGUUGACCCUCCGAUAGUCUCCACUUGGCCCGAUCCUGGAUGCGAAAUAACCCCAGUGAAAGCCGUUAAGAAACCGGCACACCUUAGGUCCAAAACGCCUCUACUGAGAAUUGAAAUUACUGAGACUGAUCUGCUAAAUAAACCGGAGGAACCGGAACCUUUUAAUAAGAGAGUGGUGGAGCAUAAGCAAGUAACUUUCCAGGAAGAACAUGUGGAGUUUGGGGCAGGAGAUCCGGCUUUCAAAAAAACAACUUCCGCUUUUAAAAAAGACAGAGAGAAAGUGAAUAACUCUGAGAGUAAAGUGGAGCCAAACCAGAACGCUUGGCCUAAAGUGGAUUCUGCAAUGAUCAGUAUGACCAGUGAUGAUCUAAAAAUAGUGGAAAAUAUUAAACAAAAAGAGACCAAAAACAACGAGAAUAACGAGAUAAUAAAGAACAGCAAAGAGUUUAUCCCUCCCAAGACGUCGGUGCAAUUUUAUAGCGUAUGGAGAACCUUGAAACUCCCAGAGGAAAAGUGCAAAUUCCUGAAAACUAUCGACCCCAAAGAGCUGCCGAACAUCUUCAGGGAAGCGAUGGAGAGUAAAGUUUUCAGCGAUAUCUUGGAAGUUCUUUCAAUGAGUUGCACGGAAAACUUUGAUGAAACUUUCGAGUUUCUCAAGCAACUUACGAGGGUCAAGAGGUUCUCUGCCUUGACCAUGUUUAUGGAGUCCAAAGAUAAGAAUUGUUUAUGGAAGUUGGUGGGCCAUUUGAGGGAGUCUAGUAAAGUCCCCAAGGAAGAAAUUGAUCAACUGGUCUUGGAUUAUGAGCUGUAAUUUGUUGUUGUUGUUUUAUUGUUUUAAUAAAGUAUUCGGGCAUU